CGAGCCUCCGGGUCCCGCUUCCGGUUUCGUCGCGCUGCGCUGGCACCCGGCCUGUGUGCGGCCGCGACACCUCGGUGGGCCGCGCGCAGGCUGCUCACGCCCCGUUCGUGGGCCCUUCUAGAACCCUCUCGGCCGCGCCGCUCCGGGACGGCAGCGGGAGCCGGCGGCCCCGGAGCUGGCGCGCGUGCUGCUGGGUAACCGGCCUGCUCGGGCGGCCGCGGGCCGCUCCGGCUCGGCUCGUCCGUGACCUCCGGGGGCCCCCGACUACAAGGCCCGCGGGAGCCGCGGCCGAAGACAUGGGAUUCCCUCGGUGCACCUGCGGCGGCCACCUUGUCGGGGGAAGCGGCGGUGUCUUCGAGGAAACCGGAAGCCCGUGGUGACCCCUGGCGACCCGGUUUGUUUUCAGUCGGUUUCCAAACACUGGGGAAGCGAAACCCGGUGGCCUUGGGGGCGGCCCCCAACGUAGCCAGGGUUCAGGCUGCCAUGGACACACUGGUAGAAGAUGACAUCUGCAUUCUGAACCAUGAGAAAGCCCACAAAAGAGAGGCGGUAACUCCACUCUCUGGGUAUUCAGGGGACGAAUCUGUUGCUUCACAUUUUGCCCUUGUCACCGCAUAUGAAGACAUCAAGAAGAGACUUAAAGAUUCAGAGAAAGAAAACUCUUUCUUAAAGAAAAGAAUAAGGGCUUUGGAAGAAAAGCUUGUUGGAGCUCGGGCCGAUGAAGAAACAAGUUCUGUGGGACGAGAACAAGUGAAUAAGGCCUAUCAUGCAUAUCGAGAGGUUUGCAUUGAUAGAGACAAUUUGAAGAACAAAUUGGAGAAAAUAAAUAAAGACAACACUGAAUCUUUGAAGGUAUUGACUGAGCAGCUACAGUCUAAAGAAGUAGAGCUUCUGCAGCUAAGGACCGAGGUGGAAACUCAGCAGGUAAUGAGGAAUUUAAAUCCGCCCUCAUCAAACUGGGAGGUGGAGAAGUUAAGCUAUGAUUUGAAAAUCCAUGGAUUGGAACAAGAACUGGAACUAAUGAGGAAGGAAUGCAACGACCUCAGAACGGAGCUGCAGAGAGCCAGACAGACGGGUCCACCUCAGGAAGACAUUCCUCGGGACAAAGAUCUCUUCAGACCGAGCCUGUCGAGGGAGGAAGAUACUCCACACCAGGGCCUUCUCCACAGUGAUAAUAUGCAGCAUGCAUACUGGGAACUGAAGAGAGAGAUGUCUAACUUACAUGUGGUGACACAGGUGCAAGCAGAGCUACUUAGGAAACUGAAAACCUCAGCUGCAGUCAAGAAAGCCUGCACUCCAGCAGGAUGUGUUGAAGACCUUGGGAGAGACCGUGCAAAAUUGCACUUGACAAAUUUCACUGCAACAUACAAAAGACAUCCCCCUUUGUCACCAAAUGGCAAAGCUACUUGUUAUGCUCCAUCCUCCCCUUUGCCAGGAGAUAUAAAGGUUUUAUCAGACAAAGUAGUUCUUCAGUCAUGGACAGAUAAUGAGAGACUGAUUCCUAAUGAUGGUACCGACUUUCAGGAGCACAACUCUUAUGGCCGAAAUUCUCUGGAUGACAAUUCUUGGGUAUUCCCAAGUCCUCCUAAAUCAAGUGAAACAGCAUUUGGCGAGAAUAAAAACAAAACCAUACCUUUAUCCAACCUGCCCCCACUGCAUUACUUGGACCAACAUAAUCAGAACUGCCUUUUCAAAAGUUAAUCUGAUGGGACUUGCGGUUUGACCAGGAGGACACUAACUCGAACUGGUUCUCCCAAAGAUUAUUCAGACUGAAGGAGACCUGGAUUAAAAUCUUGCAGAGUUCUCCAAUAUGUACAUUUGUGCAUUCUGUACAACAUUAUGUAGUUGCAGUUCCAGUGUGAGAACCUCCAGUUAUACCUCUGAUAACAAUUAAGAUUUUGCUUCUUGGUUUAAGAAUGGAAAUUUUAGACAUGGUUUUAUAAAGUAUGUGAUCUGCCUAAAUACCUAUUCAUUAACUAAAAAGCAGCCUUUAUUAAUAUAAAAGAAAAACCACGUGUGCUGCUUCAGAUUAUGUCAAGAAGCAAAUGGCAGUAUGAAUGGGUUGUGCUUCUGUGACUUCAUGAUACAAACAGAUUUGAAAUGUAAUGAAUAAAAGUAGGCUAUUAUGUCUCUAUGCUAGUGUUUUAAGAUUUAAAAUCAUUUCUAAGUAAGAUGUAUAUACAAUUUUAAAAUGCAAUUUGAAUUCUAACACUUGACCAUUGGAGCCAACUUUUCCCCAGUAUAUUCAAAUCCUAAGUAAUUAAAAAUGAUAUGGUAUAUGAAUAAACUAUAUAGACUUUUACAAUAUCCAGUUAAAAGUAGAAAGGGCAUCUCACAGGGCAGUCUGUUCGGUGAUUCAUAAUGAGUUCCUCUUGUGUCACUGUGUGGUCAUUUUCAGCAGGACAACUGUUUGUUUUACACAGAGUAGCUUAUAUUGCAUUAGACUAUGACAUCUGAGAAAUUGAUUCUUAAUUAACUACAUCUAGAACUAAAUUUUGUGCUGUCUAAUUAUGAAAUGUCUCCAAAUUCAUUCUAAUUGGCCAGUCACUUGUAAAUAAGUAAAGAAAUAACAAAGAUGGCUUCAUGUGAAAGUUCAUCUAAAUUCCUUCAGGGUUGAAGCAUUAAUAGUAUUAUCAAUUAUGUAUUACCUGUUUGAUGUAAGACUUUAUCCUUACCUAAGUGGUAUUUCAUAUAUCCUGAAUUUAAAGGACCUAUCUCAGAUCUCAUAUUACUAUCAUACCUAGCCCAACAGUGUUCACCAGUUAUUUCUGUAUUGGUAUUAUCUCACUCACUUAUUCAUGCCUGUCCAUGAUUAAUGGGAUUGAUGUCAGAUGCUGGAAUGUGUUCUGUACUCAAGGGAGUACAGGCUCCUGCCAAGUAAUACAACAAGACCCAAUAUGCAUAAAACAAAUACGAGAUUCCAGGCUUUAGCUGAAGGAACUAACUACCUGUGUAAUAAGAAAGCAGAGACAUUUCUCAUGUGGCUGCAGAGGGUAUCUAUCAUCCCGUGCCUAAUGUAGCUUACUGGUUUGCCUUUUUUUAAACCAAGAUUAGUUUUCCUUUGUAAAGAGAGACUUAUAAUGUUUUGAACAAUGCCAAGAAAUUGUUUUAAUUAAAAUUAUUUUUGUUUGUAAAAUGGAAUUGGAUGUGAAAUACUGUCCUUGCCUAUGUGUAUUUCCAAAGUCUGGUAUUAAUUUUAUUUCUCAAACAUAUUUCCUCUACCCAGUAGUAACAGUUAUCAAAAAGGAAUGCUAGAACAUUUUGAUUGAUGUUUUUAAUAGUUAAAGUGUUAAUGGCUGUGUAAGACCCCUUAACUAGAGAAGAUAAACUCCAAAAUAUUUUACUUAGUCAGAAAAUAAAGUUUAAGUGUACACUUAGCCCUGUGGUUGAAAAGAUGGCAUGGUACCAUCUGUAUUUUGUGAUUCAUUAAAAUUGGCAUUUUUGUUGGUCCUUUUCAUAUUAGCUAACGCAAAGAUCUUCCCUUGAAAUUUUCUGUAAUGGCUGAAUUUCUCAUGGUAAGGAUUUUAAGCACACCUGUAACUCAGUAAUACAAUGAAUACAAUUAACAGUCACCUCUUCCUUCCUCUUGAUCCCUUAUUAGCCUAAAGAGGGGGAAACAUUCACUUCUAAAGAUUCUUGUAUUGAGUUGAGGCCAACAUAAAACUGAAUGUGUAUGUAGGUCAAGAAUAAACUUGCUCUAUGAAUGUGCAACAGUUGAAACCCAAUAUACCAAAAAUAACAUCUGCAGCAGAUACAGAGAGGUGAACAUGAACAUUGCUUUUGUGACACACAACAAAAAUCUUGUUACUACUUCACUCAGUUUUUUUUAAGAUUUAUUAUGUAGUAUUCUGUCUGCACAUAUGCCUGCAGUCCAGAAGGGGGCGUCAGAUCUCACUACAGAGGGUUGUGAGCCACCAUGUGAUUGCUGGGAAUUGAACUCAGGACCUUUGGAAGAACAACCAGUGCUCUUAACCUCUGAGCCAUCUCUCCAGCCCACUUCACUCAACUCUUACUGUAACUGCUAUACCUUUUGUUUGAGUCACUGAAAACAAGAACUGUAGCCCUGCAUUACAAAGUGCACCGGCGCCACCCUGCCCGAACAGGAGGAGCAAGCUGCCUGCCUCUCUCCCCGUGCUGCAGUGCAGCCUCUGGACUUACAGUGUUUAAUCUGCUGUGGUCUCUGGCCACCUUUUGUUCAUCUAUGGUCUGUGAGAGUGGAUUCUUUGAGUUUCAAAUGAGUAAAGUAGUUCUUUGGUGA